GCCCACAAAAAUUCAUUCGCUUCACAGAGAGCAUUACAAAUAGAACACGAAAUUGUAACGAAAAAUAUUCAGUUUGUGGAAUUCCAUUCUCUGGCAGACUCCUACUCGUAGAAUUAGAUUCAACCUGAUUCUACGAAUAAUAAGGAUUCACUCCCCCAAAUCGAGGAGGAUAUCAAGGAGCAACAACACUCAAAACACUUGUCAUUUGUGGUGGCAAGCCACUUGUAAACUCAACAGAAAACAUAAUCUAUAUUCAAAAUGGAUUUGCUGGCUAUAGGGCAGUCGGUGAUGGUGCAGCGAUCGAAUGGAGAAACCCACAGGGCGACCAUCACUAGGCUGAAUGCGGAGCGCGACAUCGUGAGUGUGCAGUGGACUGAAGCGGAUGGCGACAAGGGGAAGGAUCUGCUCCUGGAUCGAAUUAUUGAAACGAAUCCAGAAAUAUUUGCUCCCAAGGCGGUCGUUCCGCCCGCACCCACCAAAACUUUGUCGCAGCCGCAGCCGCAGCCGGAGUUGCAGCCGCUGCCUAAGCCGCAACCGCAACCGCAGUCGGAGUCGCAGCUGCAGGUCGAAGUGACCACACCCACACCCCUUUUGCUUCCGGAGGAUCCCCAGAAGCCGGACACAGAGACUUUGGUUCGCUAUUUUCGCAAGCAAUUGGUGUUGCAUCCGCUCGUGGCGGUGGGCUUGUCGGGACCCAUGAAGGCCAGCGGCAUAAUGGUCUGUGUGCGCAAGCGUCCGCUCAACCCAAAGGAGGUGGCCGCGCGCGAGGUGGACGUGAUCAGCCUGCAGCCGCCGAAUAUGCUCGUGGUGCAUCUUUUGCGCCUCCACGUGUACCGAGAGCCCACCUUGGAUCACCAGAACUUUUGCUUCGACCGCGUCUUCGACGAGAAUUGCUCGAAUGCCGGCGUAUUCAACUACACGGCUCGCCCCCUCAUCCGCCACAUCUUCGAGGGCGGCUGGGCCACGUGCUUCGCCUAUGGGCAGACCGGCAGUGGCAAGACCCACACCAUGGGCGGAGUGGUGGAGGGAAAGAAUCAGAACGUGAUGGACAGCAUCUAUGCCAUGGCCGCCAGCGAAGUGUUCUCCAUUAUCCAAGAGCCAGAAAGUGCCGAACGGAACCUGAGCGUCGGCUGCAGCUUCUUCGAGAUCUACAACACGAAAAUCUAUGACCUGCUUAGCCCCGGCAAUAAGCAGCCGCUGCGCUUGCAAGAGAACUGCCAAUAUCAGAUGGAGGUGAUGGACCUGAUAGAGUGCCCGACGAGCGGCACCGCCGAGGUGCUGGCGCUGCUGAAUACGGGCAAUGGCGCCCGCGCCCUGGGCAAGACCUCGGCGAACGAGAAGUCCUCACGCUCGCAUGCAAUCUUCCAGAUUGUCCUGCGCAGCGCCAUCUCCAAGGAAACGUAUGGCAAGUUCUCGCUGGUCGAUCUGGCCGGCAGCGAGCGGGCAGUGGAUAACUUCAGUUCAAACAGCCAGACCUGCACGGAGUCCGCGGAGAUCAACAAAUCCCUGCUGCUCCUCAAGGAGUGCAUCCAUGCGAUGGGGCGCAAGAGCUCUUACAUACCCUUUCGCGACUGCAAGCUCACGCAGGUGCUGCGCGACUCUUUCAUCGGCAAGAACGUAAAGACCUGCAUGAUAGCAACCAUUGCGCCGGGCAUGUGCAGCGUGAACAGCACCCUGAACACCUUGCGCUACGCGAAUCGCGUCAAGGAGCUCAAGGUCCAGGCCCCGGUCGUGCCCCCCAUGCCUCCCUUGACCGCCCAGUUGUCAAAGGUCCUUGAGUCGGAUGCCACUGAGAAACGCCAAGCUGCCGAUCCUAUAGGCGAUAUCCCAACCUACACACUUGAUGGCCAGAUAUACUGUUCGCUCUGCUCGCAGCCUGUGACCUGCAUGCCCGUCUUGUGUCCUUAUUUUGGCCUAUCUAAUAAAAAACCCCAGUAA